AUGGACAGCCGCCGCUCGUCCGUCUGCUCCACGUCGCCGCUGGUCGACGGAGAGUCCCCUCGCAACAGCGUGGUCGAGUCCAAUGCCGGAGCGAUUGCUCGCGCGAGGGCGGCCGCCGGUAAGAGCUCGCCCUCCGUCUCUAGCGCUGGCAAGCCGGCAGCUUCCUCCUCCAGCACGUCGGCGACGCCGCCGCCCGUGGUUUCCGGGACUCCCAUCGACUCGAGCGACCACGUCGACGUCGAGACCGGAACCACGCGCCCGGCGGCCCCGGCGCCAUCGGCCCCCCUCCCCGAGAGCCAGCCCCGCUACUACCGCGCCGCUUACCUCGCGCUCUGUGCGAUGGCGGUGGCGAUGGUCCUAGCAGUCGGCGGUACGGCCAUAGCGUUGAUGCUCAGGAAGCCGCCUCCACCGCCUCCACCGCCCACCCCGCCCUCGCCACCGCCACCGCCGCCCUCGCCCUUGCCGCCGCCCCCGCCGCCUUCACCCUCGCCACCGCCGUGGUGGCACCAGCCGCCGCCGCCACCAUCGCCCUCGCCACCGCCGCCGCCGCCGUCUCCCUCGCCGCCGCCAUCACCGCCACCGCCGUCGCCUUCGCCGCCGCCGCCGCCGCCAUUGCCGCCGCCACCACCACCGCCUCCUCCACCACCACCGUCGCCGUCCCCGCCUCCGUCUCCCUCACCGCCGCCACCGCCGCCACCCUCCCCACCGCCGCCGCCGCCCUCGCCCUCGCCGCCGCCUCCGCCGCCACCAUCGCCGCCACCGCCACCGCCACCGCCGCCCCCGCCCUUUCCACCGCCUGCGCCUCUGUGGCGGCCAGUCUUUUCGACGAGAGGGGAACUCAAAGCUGCGAUUGAUCUUUGCCUCACCGUCUCCGCCACCGGAGCAUGCCGUUGGCUCUUUGGCGGUGUGCCGAUUGGACAGUGGGACGUGUCGGCCGUCUCGGACAUGUCGAUGCUGUUCCAGGGUGCCACGUCGUUUGAUCAGGAUCUGAGUGCAUGGAACACGUCCGCAGUCACGGAUAUGCGGAGCAUGUUUUACAACGCGCAGGCGUUCAAUCACGACUUGUCGACCUGGAACGUGUCUGCGGUCACUAACAUACAGGAGAUGUUUUACAGCGCCCGCUCCUUCAACCAGGACCUUUCCGCUUGGGACGUGUCGGCAAUCAACAAUCAGUACUACUACAACAACAUUGCUGGCUCGAGCAACUUGCAUGGCAUAUUCGAAGACGCCUCCUCCUUCUCCCAGAAGCUCUGCUCGGAAGUCUGGAUCACCACUAGGGAUAGGCUGGACUCUCAGUGCCUGUCCCACUGCCAGCGAAGUUGCUACCGGUAUUGCCAAUGCCAGCAAAACUGUGAUACUGCCCGUGCCAGGCUUUUCAACGGCACCUCCAGUGGGAGCAUCUGCCCGACGUCGCCGCCGCCAUUUCCGCCGCCCUCGCCGCCCUCGUCGCCCCCUCUGCCGCCUCCGCCACCCCCGUCGCCGCCGCCUGCCCAUCCGCCUCGAGCGCCGCCGAUGUGCAGUGGAGAACGAUAUUGUUCGUCUUGGGGGAGCCGCUGCACUUCUUACCACUCCUGGCUGGGGUGCCAAAGCUACGGAAGCUACUGCAAUGCAUAUGCGUACCGGCAAAUCCUUUGUUCACCGCCGCCACCCUCGCCCUCGCCACCGCCGUGGUGGCACCUACCGCCGUCAUCGCCUCCGUCGCCGCCAUCGCCGCCAUCACCGCCAUCGCCACCACCAUCGCCACUGGAGCCGCCACCGCCACCGCCAUCUGCGCCGCCGGCUGCGCCGCCGCCAUCGCCACCGCCACCCUCUGCGCCACCGCAAGCCUUCAGCAUUGUUUCGGGGUCUUCCUACUGCCACCUCAGCACACACUCAGACGGCUCGAGCUGCGUCACGGAUGGUCUCGGCUUCCACGAGAAUGGUGAGAACUGCACAAUUCGCACGCUUCUUACUGGCCUCCUCUCCGCCAUCGAGUUUCAGACCGAGCCCGGCUAUGAUUACAUUACCAUUGGCGGUACGCGGUACGAGGGACUGAGCGGCCCGAACAACCUACCUGUCGCUGAAGGGACCGAAUUCACCUGGCAGUCUGACGAUUCUGUCACCAAGUCGGGCUGGACCCUCUGCUUUAACCUUGCGCCGCCGCCACCACCACCGUCGCCUCCAAAUCUCUUCUUUUUGGGCGAGUCUGCAACCAUGUCCUCGUUGACAUCGGCCGGCUGCUACCCAUCCGAGCCCCCAGCGAACCUUUGCUACUCGAAGUCCCUCCAUGGUGCGUCUUCGUACACCUUCCACUCCCGGUGCGACAACAAGGGCGCGACGCUGACGCUGUUAGAGCUAAGCAAUGGCUACAAGCUCGCACUCUAUACAACCAUCCCGUGGACCUCACGGAGUGGCUACGCAGGGCACGGCACCUCGUACAUCGCCUCGCUCACUCGCAACUCGUGCCACCAGAACUGGUACUCGCAUUAUCAGAUCUACGACCGCAACAGCUACGGGCCGGCCUUUGGUGCUGGCGAUAUCCGCAUCAACUCUAACAUGAAUGGGGGAUACUGCAGUGGACACAGCUACUCCGGGACCGGCAGCAGCAUCUGUGGAUCCUAUAGCUCGUGGUCGAUCACUGCGCUCGAGGUGUACUCCACCGAGGCUUAG